AAUCUUUGUUCAAGAGUUGUUGAAGUUGGUAAAUCACGAGUUGACCACAUAUUCUCUUAGACAAUUCCUGUCGUUAACUUUGCGCACAAGAGAUCCAUCUCUACACUUCCGUGGGCUCAAACUCUAACUUGGAGAGCCUAGCUCCAAGAUACUGUUGGUGGGAGUUAUUCACACCUGAGUGCUGAUUUUAAGUCAGGUGGUCGACCACUUGAGCUAGCCCAACGUGCUCUUUUGAAUUUUAAAGGCAUACAGGACUUUGUUGAGCUCAGCUUCUCAACCACUUGGGAAAAUGCCUAAGCAUACAAAACUAAAAAAGUCUACAAGGUUCAAUCAUAUGACAUGGCCUGUUCAACUCCCUAACCAACUUUCUGAUUAUUGGUGGAAGUUGAAGCUAACAAACUGUUUGAUUAUUGGCCCUUUUUCCACAUGUAUCUAUGCUACCCUUGUCUAUAUCUGUGUUUGGAUGCCCAAUGGCAUAGAAGUGCCACUCAUGCCCAGAAGAAUACAAUCUUUAUGUGACCCCUAUCCAUAUAAUAAUACUAAAGGCAUAUCCAAUGGUGGGGAAGAGCUUUCAAAGGCUAAUGAUAUUUAAAAGUACUCUUUUUGAACAUAUUCAAGAAAGUCAAGAUAGAUUGCUAGUGUUUUUGGGAAAUUAAUAUUGGUAUCAUAGUGAAGAGAAACUGUAAAGCAUCAAAGUAGCAAGUUUACAUGUUCAAGAAUCUUUUAAACAUAUGUACUGUUAUAUUGCUGCUGUCUUAUUUCUGUCUUGAAUAGUUGAAUUUCAUGGUUAUCAUGAUUGCACCUACAGCCAUGCAGAAAAUGGCGCAUCCUGAAGGUAUAUAUGAACUUGAACUAGCUCAGGUCUGUAUUGUUCUCAUUAGUUUAAUCAACAAAUGAGAACAACUGGUUUUUCUCAUGGUAGAGGAUCAAUGCUUCGCGAAGAGUUGAGACUACCUUUUUAGAUUUGUUCGGUCUAACGAGUUGAAUUGAUCAUAUGCAGGAGAGUAUGCUACUGCACGAGCAGCAUCAGCAGCUGGAACGAUUAUGACAGUACAGGAGUACAGGCGUGGGGACCCUCGCCCUCCCAAUGAUCAAUACGCAACAAAGUUACUUGAAAGCAUAGCCACAUGGUUCUGUUUAAAGGACCACAGUCCCCAGAUUUUCAAGAUUAUAAGCUAGCAAGGCUCUCACAGCCAUUCUACUUAUAGCCAUUGUUUUGAGCUUCUUUUGCACCCCAGAAAAGGAAAAAAAUCUCCCUCUUUUUUGGGUUGGGAAAAUGGGUGAUGAAGUGAUAUUGUUGGAUUUCUGGCCUAGCAUGUUUGGGAUGAGGAUAAGAGUUGCUCUGGCUGAGAAGGAGGUCAAGUAUGAGUACAGAGAACAGGAUCUGUGGAACAAGAGUGAGCUGCUUCUGAAGAUGAACCCGGUUCACAAGAAAAUCCCGGUUCUCAUCCACAAUGGGAAGCCGGUAUGUGAAUCUAACAUUGCAGUGGAGUACAUUGAUGAGGUGUGGAAGGACAAGGCGCCAUUGCUCCCCUCUGAUCCUUAUGAGAAAUCCCAGGCUAAGUUCUGGGCUGAUUACAUCGACAAGAAGCUGUAUGAUUUUGGCCGGAAAACAUAUACGACAAAGGGAGAAGAGCUGGAGGCAGGUGUUAAGGAUUUGAUAGGAUGUUUAAAGGUUCUUGAGGGAGCCCUUGGAGACAAGCCUUACUUUGGGGGUGAGAGCUUUGGGUUUGUUGAUGUUUCCCUCAUAGGAUACUACUGCUGGUUCUAUGCCUGGGAGACCUAUGGCCAUUUCAGUGUAGAGGCUGAGUGCCCCAAGCUGAUUGCUUGGGCUAAGAGGUGCAUGGAGAAGGAGAGUGUCUCCAAGUCUCUCCCUGAUUCUCACAAGAUCUUGGAGUUUGCCCAUGUCUUCAAGCAGAAGUUGGGUAUUCCUUAAGGGCUUCUUUCCAUUCAAUAACACUACUUGGUUCCUUGGGGUGCUAAGGUUGAUGUUUUGUGCACUUGGUUUAAGUUUAUUUGUGUUUUGUAGGUUUUCAUGUUGUGGGGCUUUAUGUUAUCAAAUGUGGUAGUAAUCUAUGGUUUGUGUGUAGCAGAGACACUUGAGUGUGUCUUGUGAAUAGUUGUUGGAAUAAUGUAUGGCAAUAAGCCAAUCAUGUUGGUGUUUGUGCAAUGCCACUCAGAUUUCUUGAGAAGGGUCUUUAUUUCGGCUAUUUGGAAA